AUGCCAGUGGAGGUUCCUCAGUCAGUACAGGGCACUGAGGCGGCAGCUCGCUCCUCCGUGCCACAUCGCCACGGUCUUCCAAAGGUCGAGCGAGUCCCUCAAGGACUACAUCGCCAGGUUCCGGCGCAGGUGAGUAACGUCGAAAGUCCCUUUGAUGAAAUUAUCUUGACGGCCAUCUCGGCAGGCCUCCAGAAAGACGGGAAGCUCUAUGAGAGCAUCUACAAAUCCCCCGUUAUAGAUCUGAGAGAGUUCUAUGAGCGAGCUGCAAAGGAGAUCCGAUGGGAAGAGGCAUUCGGUUCGAAGAAGCCCGCCGGACAUAGGGAAGAAGCCGGAAGCUCUAGCCGAGAUAGGAAAAGAAACGACGGGGGAAAUGGAAGGGACAACCAUGAUGAGCGGUCCAGCAAUCAGGUAGCCAAGCGAGCUCGACGGGAAGAGAGAGAGGAGCGACCUCCAAGGCAGGGUCGUUUCAAUAACUACGUGGCCCUAUCGGAUUCUCAAGAGAGGAUUUUUGCUAUGGAAAAGAGGAGAGAAGAUUUCGGGAGGCCGAACCAGAUAAAAACUCCCAAUAAGUUCAGAAACCAGGAGAAGUUUUGUGAGUACCACAACGAGGUGGGGCACAACACCUCCGAAUGCUACGCCCUGAAAGAUGCAUUUGAAGAACUGAUUCGAAGGGGCCGGCUGCGAGAUUACGUGGUGCAACCUGCAAACCAGCCACUCCAGCAGACGAAUCAACAACGACCUCCCCCCGAGGAAGAGCAUGCGCUUGCGGUUCGAACGAUCUACACAAUCCACGGUGACCUCACCUCGCAAGCACAUCGAACAGGAUCUAUUGAGCAGAUAGGACCAUCUAAGCGAGCUAAGGUGGCAAUGAAAGAAAUCACCUUAUCCGAAGAUGAUGCCAGGGACAUAUACUGGCCGCACAAUGACACCCUUGUCAUUCGUGCUCACAUCGGCAACAUGGAGGUACGAAGAAUAAUGGUGGACACUGGCAGCUCGGUGAACGUGAUGUAUAGGGCCUGUUUCGACCAGAUGGGACUAGGGCCCGAGUAA